AAUGAAAGAGAAAGUAAGGGGAAAGUCAGGAGCUUGUGCUUCUAGCUUCCAGAGCAGUUCUUCGCAGCCAUGGCCCAAGGAAGCCGAGCGAUCCGCAACGCAUCAAAUCAUAAAUAUUAUGGAACUAUUGAUCAGAUGCCUGCUCCGGAGACUUUUGGGAUCACAUCUCCUGUUAUGACAACUGAAGUACCUUCUGCUCCGCCUGCCUUUGAUGUAAACAAUGUGUCUGGCUACGAAGGCACUACAGUUGGAGAUGCAGGGAAGAAUUUCCCUCCUCCACCUGAUUCGCUUCCUUAUCGGGAAAGUGAGCCAAGGCCAGCUCAGACAAACUGGAAUAUUCCUGCUAUUUCGGAAGAUGAAGCCAAAGAAGCUUUUAUCGAGUACGCUGCAAGCAAGUGUUGCUACAGCAAAGCUCCAGCCAGAGACUUGAUGUUUCAGGAUCUCCUAGCACUGAAUACCUACAGAUAUUACCUGGAGACUUUCACUGAAUCAAGGUCUUCAUUAUGGAAAACCAUACCAUAUAGAGGAGAACCUGUUGAUUCUGCGAUGUAUGGUGCAGCUCCUUCUCCCUGGGACAUGAGAGUAGAAGUUCCUGAAAUAUUCAAAGACAACAUCAUAAGAAUUAAAGUGCCUCAUACUUCAACAGUAAAGGGAUGUCCGAUAUGUGGCUGUUCCGGCAGGCGACCCUGCACCCAGUGCCAUUGCCUCACAAGGAAGCAAUGUUGGGUCUGUAAUGGAACAGGAUCCCAGUUCACUAAUCAGAAGUGUUCUUCUUGUUCUGGAUCAGGUACAACCAUGUGCAAUGUCUGUUCUGGCCUGGGGACAACUGCUUGUACAGACUGUGGAGGAACAGGAAAAUUGCUGACAUACAUUGAGCUGCAAGUUGAAUGGAAAAAUAACAUUUUUGAAUACGUGGUGGAUGAAAGAACUGGGUUUCCUACUGAACUCUUCAAAGCAGUUAAAGGGAAGAAGCUGUUUGUGGAUGAGCAAUACUUGGUUCAUCCAGUGGUAAGCUUCCCUAUCAGUGCUAUUAAUCAAGCUUCCCGAAAUGCCAUUGAACAACAUCAAGCCCAGUUUGGAGCUACUGCACGGAUAUUGAGACAGAAACAAACCAUUGAGCUGGUAUUUCUUACCAAAGUGGAAUAUGAAUGGAACAGGAAAUCCUAUUCCUAUUAUGUCUAUGGGAAUGAGCACAAGGUGUACGUGGAGAAUUAUCCUAAAAAGUGUGGCUGUACUAUUAUAUGAUACAUGACCUUCCAACCACUGACAGAGAAAUCCUGAUCAUUCCUGCAUUACGUCUGCUCAUCUGCUUUCCCCCCCCCCCCAGUUCUUUCUUGUUUCAAUUCCUAUAUCUCAGAUGAAUUAUAAACAAUUGUGUUAGCCUUUAAAAGAAGAUCUGGGGGAUUAUCUCUACAGCUGAAACACUUUGCAUAUUUUUUGUACAAUUGAAUGUUCAUUGUUCUUGAUUGUUAAAAAUACUUGUGUUGGUAUAUUAGUUAUAACAAACAUUAAAAGUUUAAGCCAAACAUGCCAGAGAUUCCAUUCCUUUCCUAUCUCUGGUUUUCCUUAGUUUCUUCUCUCAUCCUGAAUUAAUUCAUUAUGUUCUGAGCCUUUAAUGGAAUAUUUUGUUUCAUUAGCUUGGUGCACAAGGUACGCACUGUUGCCCAAUUCCAGAUAUAAUUUUGGAUUUUUUUAAAUCAAUAAUUUUUAGUUGCACUUUUUUUUUAAACAUACUAUUUCAAUAUAAAUCAGGAAAUGGAUUAUCCAAAGAGGCAGAAACUAAGACUUUGUAGAGGUUAAAACUUUUACAUUCUUUUGUUCAUAGUUAAUUCUUCAGUUGAUUACUAUUAUAACAUGUAAUUGAUAGGACUGUUUAUAAGUAAUACUAAUUCACUUUACUCACAUUUGAAUGAUUAUAAACUGAAAAGAUCAUAUCCUAAUAACUAUGUAUUAUAAUCUUUUUAGCCUGAAAUUGGAACUAAUAAAGUGCAGUGAUUCUAAACAUAUUGCAAUAAAAAAAAUUGAACACUCUGA